CGUCCCCAACCAGGAGAAUACCAAGAGGACUGUCAAGUUUAAUGUCGUUGAUGUUUGCCUACCCGGUAAUGUCUUAAUGGCGCUACAAACAGAGGACGCAGCCAUGUUUGCUUGGCUAUAGGAGCAAAUGCUUUCCAAGCAUCUUCAAUUGGGUAAUCCAAAGCUACAGCUCAAGUGAAUGACAGCAAGGAAGGAUGUCAGAUGCUGGGAAUCAGUCAUGUCUGAUGGUAGCAGAGGACACUGUCUCCUUCCUCGUUUGUGUCUUUCAUACCUGGGAGGAAUGGUUGGGCCUUGGUCAGCUGCAGGACUACCUAAGUGUUUUGGAAUACUUAUUGUGGGUCUUCACACCUCUAGCAAUUGUGUUUAUCCUGCCCUUUCUUAUCGUCAUACUCCUUUACCUCUCGAUACUUUUUCUUCAUGUCUACAAGAGGAAAAACCAGUUGAGGGAGGCAUACUGCAACAACCUUUGGGACGGAGCCAGAAAAACUCUGGCAACUUUAUGGGAUGGACAUGGAGCCAUAUGGCAUGGCUAUGAAAUCCACGGGAUGGACAAGAUCCCUGACGAAGGACCAGCACUCAUAGUGUACUAUCAUGGAGCCAUUCCCAUUGAUUACUACUACUUCUUAGCCAAUAUUAUUAUUCAAAAAGGACGAACCUGCCACUCGGUCGCAGACCACUUCCUUUUUAAAAUACCAGGUUUCAAAUUACUUUUGGAGGUGUUCAGUGUGAUUCAUGGUCCCCAAGAAGAGUGUGUGCAGGCACUGAAGAAUGGCCACCUGUUGGCGAUCUCGCCUGGAGGUGUGAGGGAAGCUUUGUUCAGUGAUGAGACUUACCCUCUUCUUUGGGGAAAGCGCAAAGGCUUUGCCCAGGUUGCCAUCGAUUCUAAGGUGGCCAUAAUCCCCAUGUUUACCCAAAAUAUUCGAGAAGGCUUCAGAUCUUUGGGAACGCUGAAAUUUUUCCGUUGGAUGUACGAAACAUUUAGGCUUCCCGUGGCUCCUGUUUAUGGCGGAUUCCCUGUAAAGUUCCGGACAUUCCUUGGUGAUCCAAUCCCAUAUGAUCCAAACAUAACUGCUUCAGAGCUGGCAGAAAAAGUAAAGCAAGCUGUCCAGUCCCUUGUAGACAAGCACCAGAAGAUCCCAGGGAAUGUUCUUAGAGCUCUUUUAGAGAGAUUCCACACAAAAUACAAAGCUGAGUAGAAACUAUACAUCAGCUAGAACUGACUCUCCAUCAAAUAAGCAGAACAAAAUGUUUAGGACUAAAGGUGUGUCCUGUGAGAUUACUUGGAAGAAAAAAAAACUAUAGUUUGAAUUUGAUGGUCUUUGAUCUUUUGUGACAUACAUGUAUGUGGUGGGCUUAAAACAGAUGCUGCGUGCCCACAUUUGGUGCCAAACACAGAUGGUUCAGUCCCUCUACGUAAACAAAGUUAGUCUUUUGCAGGGUUCUAAUAAGCUCAAAUUGAGUUUUAUUAGGUUGUAAAAAUGUAAUGUGUAAAGUAGAGUUGGAUUCUAUUGGUCAAGAUAGUCACCCUGCUAUAAAGUACUCUGUCUUCAAAUACGUACAAUAAUAUAAAAACUGUUGGUUUGAGCCACUCCUCAUAUGACUUUGAACAAAAAUUCUCUGCUGCUUACAGUGGUACGAGAAAGUAUCUGAACCAUUUGGAAUUUCUUACAUUUCUGCAUAAAAUCACCAUCAAAUGUGACCUGAUCUUUGUCAAAAUCACACAGAUGAAAAAACUGUCUGAUUUCACUAAAACCACCCAAACAUUUAUAGGUUUUCACAUUUUAAUAAGGAUAGUAUGCUAACAAUGACAGAAGGGGGGGGGGGGGUAUACAAGUGAACCAUCACAUUUAAUAUUUUGUGCGCCCCACCCCCCACCCCUUUGGCAGCAAUAACUUCAACCAGGUGCUUCCUGUAGCUGCAGAUCAGUCUGGCACAUCGAUCAGGACUAAUCUUGGCCCAUUCUUCUCUACAAAACUGCUGUAGUUCAGUCAGAUUCCUGGGAUGUCUGGCAUGAAUUGCUGUCUUUUGGACUUUGACUUGGCCACUCCAGAACGUGUAUUUUGUUGUUCUGAAACCAUUCUGAAGUUGAUGUACUUCCUUGUUUUUGAUCAUUGUCUCGUUGCAGCAUCCAUCCUCUUUUUAGCUUCAACUGUCUGACAGACGGGCUCAGGUUUUCUUGCAAAACAUCCUGGUAAACUUUUGAAUUCAUUCCUCUAUUAAUGAUUGCAAGUUGUCCAGGCCCUAUGACAGUAAAACAGCUCCAAAUCAUGAUGCUCCCUCCACCAUGUUUAAUGGUGGGGAUGAAGUGUUGAUGUUGGUGAGCUGUUGUAAUUUUCACCCAUACGUGACGUUUUGUGUUACUUCCAAACAAUUCAACUUUGGUUUCAUCAGUCCACAAAAUAUUUUGCCAAAACCUCUGUGGAGUGUCAGAGUGCCUUUUUGCGAACAUUAAACGAGCAACAAUGUUUUUUGUUUUUUGUUUUUUUUAGACAGCAGUGGCUUCCUCCGAUAAGUCCUCCCAUGAACACCAUUCUUGGCCAUAGAUUUACAUAUAGUAAGUCUUUAGCAGACACUCUGGGGUUCUUUUGUACCUUUCUGAGUAUUCUGCACCGAGCUCUUUGCUUCAUCUUUGGUGGACUGCCACUCCUUGGGAGAGAAACAACAGUGCCAAACUCUCCCUUUGUAGACAACUUCUCUGACUGUCAAUUGAUGGACAUUCAGACUUUUAGAGAUGUUUUUUAUAUCCUUUCCCAGCAAGUCAACAAUCCUUGAUUGCAGGUCUUCAGACAGCUCUUUUGACCGAGCCAUGAUGCACAUCAGACAAUGCUUCUCAAGACAUUUCUUACCAGGUGUGUGUUUUAUAGUGGACAGGGCAGCUUUAAACCACUCAUUAGUGAUUGGGAACACACCUGACUUGAAAUGUUUGGUAAAAAUUGGUUUCAGUUGCUCUUUAAGUCUCCUUAGGCAGAGUGUUCACUUACUUAUUUUCCUCCUUUCUGUGAUUGUUGCAUGCUAUCCUCAUUAAAAUAUCAAAACGUAUAAAUGUUUGGGUGGUUGUAGUUAUAGCAGACACUGUAUUUUCAUCUGUGUAAUUUUGACAAAGAUCAGAUCACAUUUGAUGGUGAUUUUAUGCAGAAAAGUGAGAAAUUCCAAAAGGUUCAGAUACUUUUUCAUACCACUGUAUACUAGUAUAUUAAAUAAUCCUUUUCAGUUUUACACAUUUCUCUGUAAACUUAAUUUAUUUUAAACCUGCCUCAUGCCAAUGUGCUAUUUAUUGUCUUGAGCAUUUAAAAAUGACAAAUUGAGGCAAGUUCAGGGGAAAUGCCGUUCCCAUGGAACUCUGCUGUGGCAGUCAUCAUUCAUUGUACUGUAUGUAUGUCUCCAUAGAAAUCAUAUUGUAUAGAGGGUGAAAGGAAAUAGUGUUCUAACUACUUUCAAAGAUGCAUUUCAGGGCAAUUUGAGAAUGUUACGAUGUUUUGUUUUUCUUUUAAGUUAUAGUUCAAUUUGAAUUUUGGUGUUAAUAUGAUUGUUUUACUAUGACUCGAGGGAACCGCUUGGGUAUAGACUUCCACUUUCACGGCUUCAUAAAGCAUCAGUGUCCCAGCGUAAAACUUCAAUUUUUAAUUGGUUCUCUCUAACUCUGCAUAAAUGCACAAUUUGCAAGGGUCUCUAUUGUGUAAUUGUUGGUCGUAAUCUUCGUAUCAUUCCUGGAUCUUUAGUGUUUUGAACAUGUACCGUACAGAAUAUUUUUCCUUAUUUCAAAUGUCCACAUUGUGGUUAGAGAUGCAGUCUGAUUACUUUUUGCAGCAUGUAAACAUAAAUAUUUGCAUAUACAUAUGUACUAACUGUAUUAUUGAUCUGAUAACAUUUAUUUGCACAAAAAUGCUUUUAAAAUUAUAUCGUCAGCUCGAGUUUUUUGUUUUUGUUUAAAUCCUUGUAAUUUGUUGUUUAAUCUGGGUGUUUUAUAUCUGUGUCCUGUAUGAUUUUUAUAUGUAUAUGUGUGGUCUACCUGAUUUUAAAUGAAAUUAUUAAAAAAAAAAAAAAAAAAAACAUGUAAAUUUGAAUAAAUCUAUUUUUGAGAGGUUUCCUUUGAAUUUAUUUAUCUUCAUUUGUUGAAACGUUCCUUACUUUAGUGUUGUGGUUCUUAACCUGGGUUUGACCGAACCCCAGGGGUGGGGAAAGUAUGUUUAAGGGUUUUGGCGAAGGUUAAGAUGCCCCAUUUUCAUAAGCUGACCAUAACUAGGCAAUUUGACGUUUUAGAUCAUGUUUUGGACUGGUUUGUCCACAAAUUUUCAGGCUUUACUCCAUUUCUUUCAAUUGCUAGUCCUAAAUCUAAUGGGAGGAGAAACUGGUUUGCCUCAACCAUUAGUAAUUAUAGGCCAAUAUCAAAUCUGACAUUCCAGGGGAAAAUUAUCGAGAGAGUUGUGUUUGAACAGAUCCAGGUUUUUAUGAUGCAAAGCAAUCUUUUCAUCUCAUUUCAGUCUGGAUUUUGGCCACAGCACAGCACAGAGACCGUGCUUCUCAAAGUCCUAAAUGACAUUCGUCGGAAUACUGAUGCAGGCAAAUCAUCUGUUCUGCUUCUAUUGGAUCUCAGUGCCGCAUUCGACACCGUUGAUCACAACAUACAGUGGGGCAAAUAAGUAUUU